CUAAGGGAGGAGGUGGGGGGGGGCGGACAGGCGCGGGCACGCGCUCGCUGAGGUUUGAAGGGGGGGGGGGGAGCGCGCGCUCGUAUGUAAAUGAGCGGGCGUGAGGUCAGAGGCAGAUGGAAAAGGGAACAGACAGAAUGGCCGCCGCGGCUCCCGCUCCUCCUGCCGCCGCCGCCUCCUCCUCGCAGUGCCGGAGCCCCCGCUGCACGGCGGAGCGCAGGGGAGUCCGCCGCGAACUCGACUCCUGGCGGCACCGGCUCAUGCACUGUGUGGGUUUUGAAAGUAUUUUAGAAGGGCUUUAUGGACCAAGGCUACGAAGAGACCUCAGUUUAUUUGAAGACUGUGAGCCAGAAGAGCUAACUGACUGGUCUAUGGAUGAGAAAUGUUCCUUUUGUAAUUUACACAAAGAAACAGUCAGUGAUCGUGCAUCAAUUAUUGGUUCUUCACAGUCAACGCCUACAGAGGAACUAUCAUCUCAGGGCCAGUCCAACACUGAUAAGAUUGAAUGCCAAGCAGAAAACUAUCUAAAUGCACUCUUUCGAAAGAAAGAUCUUCCUCAGAACUGUGAUCCUAACAUUCCCCUAGUUGCUCAGGAAUUAAUGAAAAAAAUGAUCCGCCAGUUUGCGAUUGAGUACAUUUCAAAAAGUAGCAAAAUUCAAGAGAACAGAAAUGGUUCAUCGUUUGAACCAAGUAUGAUAUGUAAAAGUAUUCAAAUGAACCAAACGGAAAACUCCCUUCAGGAAGAACAGGAUAGCCCUCUAGACCUCACUGUGAAUCGAACUCAAGAACAGAAUACUCAGCAAGGGGAUGGAGUGCUAGAUCUCUCUACAAAGAAAAGCGCAAGGUUGGAAGAACCCAAAUAUGAUCCAUUGUGUUCUGAAAACUCGGUGUCUGGUUCAAGCUCAACAGCUGAUGCAAAUUCAGAGGAAACAACUAGUUUGGAAAAAGGAAAAUCAACAUUAAACAAAGUUUUGGAGUCUUUUUGUUCAUAUCACUGCCAACAGACUUUGGCUAUGUUAAAAUUUUUAAUACAAGAUGAAAAUGUUCCUAUAGCUUGCAGUUGCAAGCAAACACAUUUGGUCCACUCUGAAACUCCCAGUUCCCUUACUGAAGAGGAUGUUCACGUUCCAUUUUGCAAUUGCAAUGGACAUGUGCUGACAAAAAGGUGCUGUUUACGAAAUCAAAGACCAAACACUUGUUUACCACCUCUAUCUGUUUGUAUUAAAGAUUUCCAUUCUUUGUCAUGCCAAGCUGUAGCAAUUGGAUGUAUUAAGACAAUGGUGAACAAAGCGUGUAGUUCUCAUAAGUAUUGUGCUGAACAAUCGCAAAAUUCUAACAGGCAUUCUGCAAAAGCAGCAGCAUGUACAUCUUCAACUAAGGACUGUGAUCUGUUAACAGCAUUAAAAUUCAAAUAGAUCUCGCAGCCCAUCACCACCUCCCCUGUCACCUGUACAGAGUAAAGAUUUUGAAAUAUCAGAAGGAUCAGGCAUAGAUUUUCCAACUUUAGAUAACAACAAGCUUGAAAUAUCCAUCAACCAGCCUCCAUCCCUCUUGCCAGCUGAAAGUAGCAAUGGAGAAUUUGAAUAUGAAGGUAAAACAUGCAGAGGAAAAGUGACUGAAUACUCAGAUAGAACACUGCAAUCAACAGAUCAAGAAGGCAAAAAUUACAUAAAUUCUGAGAAGGUUGAGAACAGUGAACAUUAUGCCAUUUUUCAAGAUUUAAUGGACCGUAUUAAUGAAAAGUUAAAAUCAAUAGACACUACAGACAUAGCAACAAAUCUUGUAAAGUUUUCUAAUAGUGACAGGGCACCAGAAAAUGAUGUAAAAUUAGGAGACUUCAUAACCUCCCUUUUGCAUAACGCUAAGGCAAGUGAUUAUAGUUUUAUGGAAUUACUUCGCCAACAUGAUAAACAAAUGGAAAAUAAAAUUAUCCAAACAAGAUUCCGCAAGCGUCAGGAAACGUUAUUUGCAAUGUAUAAUUCUCCUGAUUCUCCAUUCAUUCGGCGACAGUCUUUGCAAAUCAAGAGGCAGCUUGCAAGCCUUGAUGAAACACUUGUAAGAAAAAAGUCAAUUUCUGAUAGAAAUGCAAAGAAAUCUACAAAGACUUUUGAUAAGAUAUACCCAAACAAAAGACACAGUUUUACAGUGAUAGAAGAUAAAGCUUUGCAAUGUCUUGAAAGUAAUCCACGUAUGAAUUGCCAAACCAAACCAAUGUGCUUUCCAGUACACCAAACAGAGUCUUUCAAACUACCUCUUACUAAUUUUCAAACCAGCUCUGACUUUCUACUUCUUUCAGAAAACAGUGCUAUUGCAGCCAACCAGGCUAAAUUUGCAAAAACACAAGGAGAUUGUGAAAGCCUAAAAGAGUCUGAUCAGAUUCCUCAGGAGGAAAGUAAUGGAAUCCCGGGCAGAACUAAACGCAACAUUGUGCCUCCUGGAUGGUACUCUGUGUAUGUAACAAACAAUAUUGUAUUUAGGAAAUCAUCUGAUGCAAAAAAGUCUUUAGAAGGUUUGGAAAAUAUGGAAAUAAAUAAAGAUGUUCAUGCUGAAAGGUGCAGUGACAUAAAUAUAAGCAAAAUUGUGAGAGACACAAAUCUGCAAGUUGUUGUAGAGCGUUUAGAAGAUACAAUAAACUUAGCUAAAAAGACUAACAGCUCAUGGUUGGAUGCUUACAAAAUAAGCCAAAAAUUAAAAGAUAAUGCCUAUGAACAGAUUAUCAACCCACUUGCUAGACGAGGUUUACCUUUCAGUCUGAGUGAAACUGGAUACACAGGACAAAGCUUCCUUCCACAUUCACAUGUGCCAAGCAGCAGUAAAACCAAAACCGUGUGUGUGACGACAAACAAACAAGAGAUGGUUAUAGAUCAAGAAAUUAAUGACUGCCUUUUGAAGUCUCUGACCUUUGAUUCAUCCAGUUCUACUUCCAAUAAUGAGAACUCACAUACAAUUUCUGAAGCUGGGGAGAUCUCAUCUCCCUUAAGCUACUCAAGUCCUAUUAAGCUUAUGUUUGUCUCAGAGGUUAAUAGUAGUGAAGGAGUCAAAUACACUUUGACGUCUGCAACUGCAUCUUCUAAAGGAAACACGGAUAUUUGUUUAUUUCAGGGGCAUCCAAACAGUGUGUUAGACAAACAGACCACAAAGGAUCUUUCUCAUGCAGUCUGUGACAAGGAUUUUGAUUGCAAAGAAAAUGAUGCCAAGGAGGAAUCAGACUGUGCUUAUGCAGAAGAAAUUACAAGCUCUUGUGCAGUUGUUCAAACUAACUUAAAUGACUCAAAGCAAAAUGAAGUUGUGGAGAAAUCAAACAGUAGCAGUGAAUCGGUUUUAAAAAGAAAGCCUGGUAGACCAAAGAAAAUAGGUCCUCAAGUCGUUAAGCAGGUUAAGAGACCUAUUGGGCGGCCUCCAAAGCCAAAAAUAGACGUAACUGAAAGUAUGGAACAUAGACCUGCACUUAACAGUGACGGUAAAAGUACCAAAUCAGAUGCAGCAGUCACGGAAGAAGUUAACGGCAACAAAAAUAUUACUGUGACGGUUGUUUUUGGAAGGUCAAGAAGAACUAAAAGAUAUGUUUCUGAAGGUAAUCCAAAUGUCAUCAGCACUCUGCCCACAAAACACGUUGAUUUCAGUGUUGCCAAUGACCACAGCAAAGUGCGGCAUAGCACGGAAACUGAAAAUGCUUUGAGUGAAAUAGUAAAAGCCUUACAGAAGCCUUCUACUGAAAAUGAGGUCUCUGGUUAUGACUAUGUUAGACCUAUCAAGAGUAACCUAGCAUCACCACACCCUUGCAGCAAUAUUAUACGGCCGAUUAAGAAACCCUUAACCACCGUUCGAAAGCCUGGUAGGCCAGCAAAAGUAAAAAUCUCUGGUAUAUCCGUGACUGUUAAUAGAUUUUCACCUCAGGAAAGAAAAGUGAGUAUUAGCAACUGUUUGCCUCCUUUACAACAGCAGAAUGUGUUAGAAAAAAACAUACCACAAGAGAGAAACAAUCAACUGUGCAAUAAUAUGGGUCAAGUAAAGAGCAUGCAGAAAGAUUCUAGAGAAGAUGGAUCAAACAACGUUAUUACGACAGUGUCAAGGAAACGUGAAAUUCCAUUAAGACAUUCUGUUAGAGACAGAAAACCUUCACUGCAUUUUUUACAUUCAUUAGCAUCCUCUAGUGCAUUUACUUGUAGAAGUGCCUUGUUACAUAAGUCUUAUAAGCUCCAUUUGAGAAAAGCUAAAGAUCAAAAGGAAAGACGUAGGCAAUCAAAUCAGAGCGCCACAUCCAAAGAUACCUCAGAAAUGCGAAAUUCAGGAAGUGCAAAAAAGGAUCUUAAGGAUGGCGAAUUUGGGCCCAUUAAUGAUGUAUCAUCGGAUCCCAUCUUUUCAUCGAAGCCUUCUCUCAGGUGGUGGGCUACUUCCACUUCAAGCGACACAUUGAUGGAAGAACUAAAUAAUAGAUUUGAACAGAUAACGAAUACCUGGUUGCGAGUGGGGGGAAAUGAGUUUGAUAAAUGUGUGUGUGAAAACAGGGAUCCCGUUGAACAGGACUGUAACACUGAAAUGUCAAACCCUUUAGACUCCUGCCUUGUAGAACUUGAAACAUCACCUAUAAAAAUGCUUUUCCAGAAAAAGUGUAAUAUGAAUGAGCUCUGCACCUGGUUUAUGCAAACUACAGAAACGCAGUCUCUCUCUCUAGUGAGAAAGGCAAAUGCUCGCAAUCCUUUAGAAGUAGUUAGUACUAGAGAGAUAAAGGUGGAAACAAAGCAAUCUGACCUUAGUACUUGCCCUUUCAGAAAGCACUUUAAAAAGUUUGCACUAUCCUCUCCUUCAAAACCAGCAGGGAAACUACAGAUAUUACAUAACAUGGUGAGGUCUCCAGUCUUAAGCAUGAAAAGUAAUUUUACUUUAGCCAGAUUAAAAAGAAAUGACUUUAAGAAGUUACAGCAUGAUAGGUGGGGACAAACAAAAAAAAAGCUGUAUAACCAGGCUCCUGGAGGCUGGAAAUCAAAAAGGAAAAAUUUACAGUUCUUUUGCCAAAGCCAGUUGUUUAAAAGUACAAGUGGGGAAAGCAAUGAUGGAAUGCCCAAGCUCCAGGAAAAAAAACACAGUAGAAAUGCAGCCCACUCAGACUUUGGUAGAAUCUCAGAGUAGCCUCUUGCCAACUGAAAAUGAAGCCAGAGAUGCAUUUGUUCAACAGAUGAUGGGAUCUUCUGACUUUAACCCACAUCCCGGUUUAGCAAAUAUACUCUAUAAGUCACAUGCAGAGACAAAUGGAACAAUUUGUUGCCAGCAAAAUGGUAGAAAAGAACAAAGCCAAGAUAAACUGUUUCAGAAUACAUGGAAAGCCAGAACCUUUAAAGAUUGUAGAAUAUUUCUGAGAAAAAUCAACCAUAUUGAGCAGCACAAUUCAUUUAAGUUAAAUAAUGUCAUUUAUUCUCCUGAAGCUGUUGAAAGUAAAAGCCAUCCGGCCUAUUUGGAAGAAAAAAGACAUCCUCUUUUAAGGUCCCAUUCUACUAAGCAAAAUGCAUUAAAGAAACAAGAAAAUGAAAUGGAAACAUCUAAAGGAUCUAAUUCAUCUAAAGUGACUGAAAGGCUGGAUGACCAGUUUCACAGCAGAAAAUUAAGUAGUGGUGUAAGCCAUGAUGAUAUUCCUGCUGGUAGUUCUGAAGUUGUUAUCAGAAUAAACAAAAGAAAAAGUCCACAAUGGGAGACCACUGAUACAAAUGUAAGAAAAAGGCAUAAGAGACAAUCAUGCAAUAGUGGACAAAUGGCAACUUAUUACCCAAAGUGCCAAGUAGGUAAGUUCCUGUUCCCCGCUUCACCUUAAAAUGCAAUCUUAAAGAACUAGAGAGGUCAAGCAACUAAGCACUUUGGAUUUAUUUUUUAUUUUUUAUUGCAUGAUAAUCAUUUUAAUUUCAGAGAAGUAAUUAAACAUAGCAUCAGAAUAACGCAGAAAGUGCAAAUUUAACACAUACAGAAUAUUUUACACUAACUUUUCAGCCACAAUAAGUGAGUUACAUUGUGUUAUGGCUAUAGCAUGCCAAGAUGAAAGAAAAAUGCUAACUGAUACGGUCCAGAGAGGCAACAGAUCAAGUUCUGACAUUUCUGAAGUCAGUGGCAGCUGGUUAUUGAUUUCAGAAUGAACAGAAUUUCAUUCCAUGGUGUAGUUACUCAUAUUGUGAAGAAGGGUAAACUAUAAAAUGAAGUAGAAAUUUAGUUUAUUAACCAACAGAGUUGUUUAAAAACAAAGCAGAACAUUUUUGUCAUGUCAUGAUUUCUAAUGUAAAUCUGUAAUGGUUUUGUAAUGAAAUAGUAAAAAAUAGUACUAUGUACUUCUGAGAAGUAUUCAUUCAGAGAUCCGUUUUAGUAUCCAUUCGAUGCCAAAUGAAAUCUGCUGACUCUAAAGGGUUUGUGCAUUAAAUCCUUACAGAACAAUUUCAAAUACAAAAUUAGUCAAACUCAACAUACAAUUACCAUACUAAAUGCAUUCGUUUGGCAUGGUUUUAGGCUAGUGUGAAAUUAAAUCAAUUUUUAAAGCUAGAUAUUUAUAAUACAUUGUUAUGCAACUGUGAUCUCAGAAAGGCCAUUAUUUUACUUACAAAGAGGGUACACUUGUGAAAUUAUUCUCUUGGGUGAAGAGAUCUCCUUAAACAGAAGUCUCAACUCAUUUCAAUAAAAUAACUAAGGUGUUAAGUACUCACCAGAGUAGAAGAAGAGUUCUGCAUAAGGAAUUAAAUUACUGCAGGAAUACUCAUUUUUAGGAACAAAACUGUAUUAGCUAAUCAGAUUAUAUUGCCUAAAGGAUAAAAAAUCUAUUCAAAACAGAGCAAAAUCUUAUGUACCCCUUUGUAUUUUAUAUUGUAGAAAACUAUCCCUGAUAAUAAACUGAAGUAUUAAUUUAAGUUGUAAUAUAAACAAUAUUAUGGCUCUUGUAUACUUCAUUUCUUUUGUGCUUUAUGUAAUAUAUACAAUUCUUCAUAUUAAGCUCAUUCAGCGCUUUUCCAAGGUACAGAGUUUUUUUACAUUUAAACUAUUGUUUUGUAUUUUAAUUCACUGACUUGGCGUCAAACUCAACAUAAAAAAAAAAAAAGUUUUUAAGAAGUUCAAACCUUGACACAAGAUUGCUAUAAAAAAGCCAGAACUAGAAAAGGAACGGGUAACAUCUAUGUUUUUUUUUUUUUUGCAAAUGAAGAAAGAGCUCUCUCAUACUUCUUUUUCUUUCAUAAUUUUGACUGUAGCCAAGAAAAUUUUGCAUUCAAUUUAUAUUUAUCUUUACACUGUUUCUUGCUAUAGCAAUGUAAGACCUAUUACUGUGAUAUGGUCUCGUGUUAGUUUUAAUUUGGACUCAAUUUUAUUUACCUGAUAACUUUCCUCCCUUAGUUUUGGAUCAUUAGGAAAUCUGAUAACUAUUUUACAUUAUUUCAUUUACAAUUUUUUUUUUAUUAUUUUCCUUCUUACUCAUAGUUUCUCAUAUUAAUUGUUGUCUUUAGAAAGGAUAUAACAGAAAGGUCAUUGAUUAAGGAAAUGUUAAAAGAUAAAUGAUGAUUCUGGAGCUUUCUCCAUGCUUGUAACCCCAAAUCUUUUUUCAGCGUACUCUUGCAGUAUAGAAAAGGAUGUCUUGUUUAAGCAUGUUGAUUCAACAUUGUGUACUGUCUGCACUAGCCGAGGAAAUCAUAUAAAUAUUUUUAGUCUAACAUGUAAGUUACUGGCUAAAAAAGAAGGAACAUGAUUUCUAGCUGUGCAUGCAUGUGUUUUCAAACAUCGUUCCUGCAUCUGGAAGUUUAAUGCACAUGAAAACAUCAUUAUUCGUUCAUAUGUUCUCUGGAUUGUAUUUUUGUUGAUGUGGUACCAUAAUUUAUAUCAUUGUUCUGUUGCCAUGCUUGAAAUGUUUUUAUGAUGGCACAAUCGAUAUUUAAAGUUUAUCUUCACAUUUUACUGAUCUUGGUGUCUUAUGAAAUAUUCCUGAAAGAGGGAGGUAUUGUGAUGCUGUUUUAUUAUGAAGCAUUGUGGCAAGUAGGCAGAAUGUUGUCAAAUUUUUGUGUGUACCUGAUUUUUGUUAGAAUAUGCAAGUGGAAUAAAGUCAGUCGAGUUCUUAUGGCUCAGUAUAGUACCAAGCAACUAGAACUAGCCACGCAAUCAAUAUAGCAACAGAAAACAAUCCCUUUUUCACAUUAGCUGUUUUAUUCAAGGUAAGGUGGAUGGUAGAUACGUUGGUCUGUAUGUUGUAUGUUACUACUCAACUUCUGAACUGUUGCUUCAACAAUGCAUUUGAUGUGCUGAGGGCAGUUCCCUUUUACUGUAGAUAUGUGUUAUGAUUAUUUAAAUUACUUUCUUUAAGAACAUUGAAGCAUUAUUACUGUCCAUGGUGGCAAAGAAAAUUAUAUAAAAAAAACUUUUAGAAAAGUAUUUAUGUGUCUUGCCAUGAGGGUGGUUCAGACCACACUCACAUGCCCUGGAGACAGCCAAGCUAAAUCCAAAAACUUCAAGACAGCCAAGCUAAAAUAAGAAAAACUAUUAUCCCACAAUAAAAUGGAACACAGUAAAAGACUCACCGUAUAGUGAAUAUAUUUUUACAUUACUACAGAGGGUGUGGAUUUAUCAGAGCCAUAAAGAAAACUGUGGACCUGAUACAGUAGCAGGCAGCACUGCGUGCGGAUGACACAACAUCCGUGUCUGCAUACCCUUUGUGUAAGGUUGGAACUCAUAGAAAAGCUUUUAAAAUGACUUCUGAUCACCUAGGAUAUUUUCUACAGGUUUUUUUCAGUUUCUUCACAUUUUUUAGCAAGUCUUCCCAGCUUUCCCUAUCAUGAAGGAGCACAUUCUACACUCCUAAAGUGGAACCAAUUUUAAAUAUUAGAUGAGGUAAAAUGCGAAAGAGACGCAUUGAAACGGUCAUUAAGUCUACUGAUCUCAAGCAAUCCUCUUAACAGCCAUAUCUUAGCUCUUCCUGGAAGGCUUUUCAUCAGAAGUACUUGGCUUCAGGAUGUUUCACCUGUGAUGCAGAUGGACAUUUUCCUAACUGUAACUGCCAGGCAGGAAGUUACUUUUUCACACAGCCAUAAAGAAAGUAAGAAAAUAGAUUGAAAACAUAGAAAAAAUAGUGAAAAGAACAACUAUUCUCAGUAAGUGGACUAUUUUUAAUGCAGAAGUAUAAAAGCAGAAAUGUAGACUUGAUAUAUAGCUGACUACACAUGUAUAAUAAAUCCUGACUCGUUUAAUGAACCUCAUGGUCUCUGCUUCAUUCCCCUGAUCCAGCACCAGCAGCUCUCCUACCACCACCCGAUGCUCUGGCGGGCUUCACACGGCGGGAUUCCACCUGCCACAUGCGAUGACGUAGCCUGUCCUGCCCCUCUGUGAAAAAGAAAUAAGAUUUUGGCCAUAUUUUAAGAACAGCAUUUUCUUAUCAUAAGGCAUCAGCUUCUUAUUUCCAAGCUGUAUGUCUUUUCCAAAGCAGGUGUAUAGGUAGAGUUAUCUUCCUAGCUCCAUGCUUUUUGGCCAGCAGCUUUGGACACUUCAGAGUUCUAGAAAAGUUGCUGUUUCUGCACUUAUGGAACAGCUCUAGAAACAAUUUAUGUUCCUCUUUCAAUUUUUAAUUAACUGAAGGAAGGGGACCUUUUUCUGAUGAUUUCUCACAUGUUCUGGAUAUCUGUCAUGUUCUAGGUUGUUCUUCAGUAUUCUUUGGAGUACAAAUAAUGAUAUCUAUUGCUUUAUUAAGAUGUAAAUCUAUAUCUAGUGAGAAACUUCAUGCUUUAUGGGGUCUAGGCCUGUUUUCUGUAUUCCUUUGAUGGUUCUUUUUGUCAGUCUGGCAGGUUUCACCAUCUUGUUCUUUCAGCAGUCAAAACUCACCUGACUUCGGUCUGCAUUCAGCUUUAUCCCUUACCACAGAUGAAACCUAGGCAGUUAUUUCACAAACAUUUAUUCAGCUCACCCACUCUCCAUCCUCUUACUUAAUGCUACAUGCUCCUUUUGGUCUCCCCUUUCCGGCAGACGUGCAAGGGAUCUGUGCUUCUGUCCUACGACACGGUGUAUGUCUGUAAGCAAGGCAAGCACCUUAAUUUGGCUCUAGCUCUUUCUUUAGUGAUGACCAUCAUUAGGCUUGCCUACCAGUAGCAAUUGCCUUAAUUUAACACUAGCUUAGGGUUUAGAAUCCUUUCAAGAGCAUAAGCCUAUGCAUUUCUACUUGGUUCUAAAUGUUUUAUAUCAGUUGCACAUUGUCAAGCCGUGAGUGAGUAAUAGGGCUACAUUCUUCAUGGUUUUUUUCCAAACAGGUCUGUGUAAUAAGUGCUCUUAUUUUUGGUUUUCACUUUGCAGCUCAGGGUAGAAUAUUUCUAAAUAGUGGCCCUGCUAGGUACGGCUAAUGGGACUUCCACAUUUCAUAUUAAAAUACAUGCAGACAGAGAGAAUAAGAUUCUUAGGGAAGUCAGUCUCUUCAGAUGGAUGUUGUCACAAGUUCCUCUUAUCCUCUUAUAAACAAGAGAGUAUAUUUGGCAUUUUACUGAUAACGGCUUGCCGUCCAUGGUGUGUAUUUCAAACCAUUAAAAUCUUGAUUAGUUGCUUCAAAUAAAGGAUUAUUUUCCUGUAUAUGAAAUGGAAGCCUAACAGAAAAAAAAUCUAGAAGCUGCAAGAAUACCAUAUGACAUUUUUUUAA